UCUUCCACAGUCACCCACCCAACUCCCAUGAAAGCUGUCUCUCUCCAACUCCCUCCAUUUCUCUCUCUUGCUCCCACUAAGCUUUUUCUCUCCAACUAAAAUCCAAUUUUUAUUAAAAGUUUGUCUUUUUCAAUCCACAUAAUAGUAACCCAUUAUCAAAUCAAAUCAAAUCAACAAAAAAAACUCAAGAACAACCCACAUGAAACACCCAAAAAUCUCCUAAAAAGUUUGAUCAAACAAGCUAAAAAGGUCAGUUCUUGAACACAUUCAUUCAUGGGUUGUUCUGCUUCAAGACCUGGUACACUUGACACUAACAACAAUAAUUACCACCCUGAAGAAACAAAUUUGCCAUUUGCCUCACCUUCUUUUAACAAAUCUUCAUCUUCUUCACCAUUGACUUCACAAAAUUCUUCUGCAUUACCAGUUAGAAGAGCACUCUCACUUCAAACUCCUCUAGUUCACCACCCUCCUUCAAGAAAAGGUGACUCUCACCAUCUUGUUUCACUCACUUCCACCACUUAUGGCUCUCUUCUCCACAUUAAUGAAGAGCCCACAAUCUCCAAAUUGGCAUCACCACCACCAAAGUACACUAACAAAACCCUAAUCACAGGUAAUUCAGGUGAGUCUCUUGGUUUUUCUCCUGAUUCUGUUAUCAACACUUGGGAACUCAUGGAUGGUUUGGAUGAUAAUGAGUCCUUUGAUUUUCAAAAGGGCCCAUCUUUUGAAAAUGUUGAUGUUAUAACCUCAAAAUGUAGCUCAUUUCAGCAUCUGGGUAUUGAAAAUUCUGUUAAAAAAGUUCAAGAUGAGAACAUUGUUGAUUCUAUGAAAUCAGAAGGUCUUGUUAUAGAGAAGUUAGUUUCAAAGUCUAAGCCUUUGUGGAAGCAUUUGUCUGAGGAGUCAUUUUUAUCUAAUAUGGAUCCUAAUGUUGUGUCUAGUUACAGGCGUGCAUUGUCAUCAAGACAGUUAGGUUAUACUAAAGACUCCCCGAAAACUAUAAGAUCAGUAGGUUCGAGUCCGAUGAGUUUUUAUUCGUCGGCUCAUAAAAAUGGCUUCUUUUUGCACGAUGAUAGCGGUAAAGAUGAGAAAAUAGUUGUGUAUUUUACGAGUUUGAGAGGGAUUAGAAAGACUUAUGAGGAUUGUUGUGCGGUAAGAAUGAUAUUCAGGGGAUUUCGAGUUGCGGUUGACGAAAAAGAUAUUUCGAUGGAUUCGUCGUAUAGAAAGGAAUUGCAGAGCAUGGUUAAAGGGAAGGCAAUGAGCUUGCCACAAGUGUUCAUAAGAGGAGAACAUAUUGGUGGAGUUGAAGAGAUUAAGCAGCUGAAUGAAGCUGGUGAAUUGCCAAAGCUAUUAGAAGGGUUUGCAGUGAGAGAUCUUAGAUUGGUAUGUGACAAUUGCGGAGAUGCAAGGUUCGUGCCAUGUCCGAAUUGCAACGGUAGUAGGAAAGUGUUUGAUGUGGAGCAAGAACAGCUUAAAAGAUGUGUCCAUUGCAAUGAAAAUGGAUUGAUUCGUUGCCCUGGUUGCUGCUCAUAGGAGUACUUAUUAACUACUGCUGAUCAUGUUCAAAUUGCAUGAUUUUGUUAUUACUUAUGUUACUCGUUGUCACACUAAUUUGUGAUUGCUAAAGCUACUUGCACGGAAGCUUUUCGAAUCCUAUGUUUUGAUAUUUCGUUCUCAUUUUAUAAAAUGUUUAUGAAACUCACAAAAUGUGGUUUCCAACGGUUUUUGACGUUUUAAACAUUUCCGUUUCCGUGCUACAUAGCUAAUGAAAUCUUUACAUUUUGUUAUGGUUGGAAUAAACAGAAGUAACCACUAUCUUUUGUGUUUCUGUGUUAGGUAUUGAGGUCUUUAUGUUCUGUUUUUCUGGGUGGUGUAAUUUUAUUUUGUUGUUUAACUAGUGGAAGUUGGCUGAUAAUGGACAUUUAAAACAGAUUAAAAUUGCGUUGCAGGUUGCUUCCCUCUUCA